AUGUCAACGUUAAGCAGAUCACGGGCGACCCUGUCGCCCGCUACAUCCGAGAGAUCAACUCUACCUAUGGGUGCAACAACUGACCCAGGAAGCCAAGAAUUUACGCCUCUAGAACCGACACGGGAGCAGCUACUUGCACAUUUCUUUGAGCGCUUCAAAUUUUACACUUCUCUUUGCCUAGGCACGUCGGCUAUACUUGCAGUAUUUGCUUUUCUGUUCUUAAUUCCCUUCGUCGUGGAACCGGCGAUACAAACUAUCCUCGCUGAGUUUGCUCCUGAAGCUGGAAUAUGUAGUGUAUCAGAUCACGUUUACGCUCAAACCCUGACGAAUUGCACUUGGGCAUCGUGUAGAGAAGGAUGUACCACGAUGCAUACAAAAUGCCACAAAAUCAAAGUGAAUCUAGCGAGGCGACCUUUCUUUGGUAACGAAACCCUGCCGAUAGAAUGGGAUGAAACCGAUUUGAAGUUUUUGAUAAACCCCGAAGGUUGCGGUUAUCCUCCAAAGGUGAAUUGCUCAGUGUUCGCCAUCGAUUAUGCAGGAAGAAAUGCGCCCAAGAUAUUCCCAUGUUUCUACAGCAUGACGAGGCCAGAGCUAGUUGUUGCAAGAUACUCUUGGGAAUCGACGAUACGAGGGUUGAUUCUGGCGUUGGUGUUGCCGACAACGGUCUUCGUGUUUAGUCUAAGUGUCCUUGCGUAUUGGCACUGCCACUGCUGUGACAGAGCCUGUAAUCGAAGGGUUCACGCCGAAUCAUAUACGAGUAAAGAAGAUAGCAAGCUGCUUUGUGAACUGGAUGAUGACCCAACUGACGACGUAUUCUGA